CUUGCGAGACACGAAAAUGCACCACGAAUGCAGCUACUUAUGUUCCAGACCUUCCGAACGUCGUAGGGGAAAUGGGUCGAAAAGAUUUCAUUCAAGAUGUUAAAACACUCAGGGAACAUUUCCGUGGUUUGAAUUCGAAGGCGUCCGCUCUGGUGAAAGACUUUGACUUUCAGGAUCCAGAGCUGAGUUUCAGGUUCGCGUACAAGACAGGAAAGUCCUUUACGGUUCAAAUAUUUGUGAACGACACCUCAAUACAGUCAUACCCAGAAAACUUUAGCGCGCUCAUAUGCAUAGAUAAUGCUACCGAUGACGAUGCCAAUACAGCUGCGAAGUGCCUAUCUGAUGUUAGUGUUGAUAACAAAUCCGUGAGCGAAAUUGUGGCUACAAUAGUACCGAAACUUUGUGACCACUUUAAAAUUGCACUUCCUAAGGAACUUUCGAUGAAUUCAUUAAGUAAAUUUUCACGGGCAUUGGGAAAUUCAUCUACUCCAGCCAGUAUUAAAAAGAAUCCGGUGGUGACAAAUGUUUUGACGCCGAUCGUUAUGCUAAAGAGGGAUUUGGAAGAAGUGAAACAUUUUCAAUACAAUGCCGAACUUCUCUGUGCCGAUGAGAUUGGAUUUAAGGUGGUAGUCUCUAUUCCAGUCAGACGCCUUGGACUAUCACUGGAAGCAUGCGAAGCGUGGAAUCUUGAUCCUAAUCGGUAUCUAGUAUGCAUAAUGCAAUUUCCACCUCAAUAUAUUGACUUACAAGGCGUUGUCGCCAAUGCUUGCCAAACCAAAGCGUACAUCGCAAAGGAAGGUGGAUUCAAAGCUGUAAAAGAUGAAUUGAAAAGAUUAUAUAAUAUUCAAUUCACCGUUUUGACUUCCUCGCAACCGAAGGGGGUGCCAAGUCGGUCGCAGCAUAAGGAUGACACCACGGAAAGUGAUCACUUUGUUCUUUCUUGGACUUUGAAUGAACUCCUACGCGAGAAAUUCUUUCAUAUGUUAUGUGAUAGAUUAUGGUUUGGGAUCGGAUGGGCCGGUGCGGAGUAUGCCGAUUACAAGAGAAAUAGAGAGUUAGAUGUCGAUUUCCUUAAUGACGUGGGGUUGCAAACUAAUGAUCAGAUUUACGAAUGUUUGACUCGGGAUAAAGAGCCACACUGGGUUUUACACUACUUUGAUUCAGAAGAGAUGGAAAAGGCGACCGCUUCAAAAAAUCAAAAUUUUCUCCUACUGGUCUUACGUUUUCUCCGUCGUCGAAUUCUAUUGUCGACAAAAUAUUGUCUGACAUGCCACUUCCUGCAUAAUGAAUCAGUUUCUUCUAUUAGGCCUUUCGUAUGCGGAAUAGCGUUAUGUCAGCAUCAGGCUCUUGUUGGUUUAGGAAAUCUUUUCGAAGCCGUGUUGGUCAAUAGCCCAGUUGUUGUAGAUUUGCUGAUAUCGUUGUGUUACGUUGCUAUUAGUGCUCGGAAUCUUAACCCACAUCCGUCCAAGGCUAUCGGGAUUACCACCACCAAACAACUUGAGAUCGCAAAUUCGUUAAUCGUUGAUUGGGGUACUAAUUCAGGAACCGUUGGUCAGAGAACCGAAAAAGGUUACGUAGUUUACGGAUGGAAAAAUUUUGACGGUCAAGUGUUGAUCGAUGACAUGUUGGAGGUUUUCAACCCGGAGACCGGACAAUCAUUUACCGUUAACCGAUGCAGUUCAACCUCUACGGUCAGAGUUUUGGAAGUCAACUCUGAAUAUUUAAUCACCGAUUUUCAGAUCACCGUGUCAGCAUCCGCAGUUAAUAAUAAAAGUGUUUAUCUACCAUUUCGAGUUCACCGCCGACAUGAAAGAAACUUUUUGGAUUCAAGUGAAGCACCCAAUUAUCAACUUUUACAUAAAAUUAUUGACAAAUUACCUUCUGUAAAUACCAUGGUGCAAUAUUGUAAAAAGAAAAUUCUUAAACAAGAGCUUGAUAAAUUAGACGUUUUAUGCUUCCCCCUAUUGUCAUGGAUAAUUUCUUCCAGUAGAACGCAUUUACGUUUGUUAGAAUCUGAAGAUGAAAAGGUACAAUUUAACGAUAACAACGGGAAUUCCGGAAAUUGGAAACAGUUCAUUAUGAUAAUGAGCUCUCCUGAAAAAGAAGAAAUAUUUCAACAAGAAAAAGAAAAACUAAGAAAGGAAAAAGAUCAAAGGGUAGGAGAACUGUUCGCCUUUCAUGGGUCUCCUUUACAUAAUUGGCAUUCGAUAGUUCGAACUUCAUUGAACUGGAAUAAAAUUGUGCAUGGAAGAGUUUAUGGUGAUGGUGUGUAUCAUUCUCUUCAAGCCGCAACAUCGUCAUCGUAUGCCGCAGCUGGUUAUCACCGGUACGAAUCUGGCACUUGGAAAAAUUCCACGCUGAUCGUUCAAAAAUGCAUGGCUUUGUGUGAAAUUAUAAAUAGACCGUCGAAAUUCACGAGUACAAACCCUCAUUUGGUUGUCAAAGACGAGAACUGGAUUACCACCCGUUACUUAUUUGUUGAAUGCUCCAGAGAACAAUUGGAUUCCGAUGAAAAUCGUGAUGACGACAUGACAGCGAUGCUCCCGGUUCUCAACCCGCCAUACAUCAACACACCUGCAUAUAACAUUGGUGUAUAUAAUCCAUAUACUAUAAACAUGCCGCAUCCCGUUACCUCGUUAACGAAUACGAUUUCAAAUGCUCUGCACCGUCGAAAAGAAAAUACCUCAUUUAUAACAUUGGAUAGUCAAUACUUUCCCGUCUGGUUUAAUAAUCAACCAUUACAAAUUCCAAUGCGCGACUUUUCCAUAAUCAAUAACGAGAUACCCACUGGGAGCUCGGUUGGAAUCGGUCGAUUCGUUUGCGAUUCAUCAGAAAUGCAAGAAAUAAUAAAUAGCUCCGAUAACCCCACAGACUAUAAUAUUAAUGAAUCGAUACUUUACGAUACGAAUGAUGAUACAUUAGAUGAGGAAGAGGACGAUGAAUUUGAUCCUUCAUUAUUACCACUUCCUGCCGAAUCAUCAAAGGCGGCUACGCAACGAAUUUGUCGUGAAUUAAAACUGAUUUACGAUAAACAACAGUCGGGCGCUAACAACGACUUAGGCUUUUAUUUGGAUACUGAAAAGAUGGCCUCCGUGUAUCAAUGGGUGGUUCAAUUGAAAGAUUUUGACCAGACUUUACCAUUGGCGCAAGACAUGGCUAGAUACAAGGUGAAAUCUAUCGAUUUAGAAGUCCGAUUUGCGCCAGAUUAUCCAUUUGUGCCACCUUACAUUCGCGUGAUUAGGCCAAGACUCUUAAGGUUUAUGGACGGCGGUGGUGGACACGUUACCGCUGGUGGGUCUAUAUGCAUGGAUCUUUUGACAUUGGGUAAUGCUGUCGAACGCGGAUGGUCAUCGGUAUACACUAUAGAGGCGGUGUUACUACAGGUCAGGAUGGCUUUGAGUUCAUUGGAUCCAAAGCCUGCUAGGUUGGACCGUAAUUGGAAUUGCGAAUACAGUGCUUCUGAAGCCAUUGACUCCUAUAUACGGGUAGCAAACCAACAUGGAUGGGGUGUUCCAAGUCAGUGGACUAAAUUGUUUGGCCGUUAG